AUGACGCCUGCAACUUUUGAUUUUUUGAAAAACGGAAUUCAAGUUUCAUCCGUGAUUUUAUCAGCGCUUAUCAAUACCACUCUAAUUGUGUUAAUCGUCACAAAAUCCGCAAAGAAAAUGGGCAAUUAUCGCCAUUUGAUGGUUUAUUUUUGUUGCUGCUCCAUUCUUUUUUCAACGAUGGAUAUUAUUGUCCGACCGAUUAUUCAUACUCAUCGAAGUGCAUUUUUUAUGAUUAUGGAUUUGAGAAAUCGAGAUAUUCCUUUGGAUAUUGCGGGGUUUAUGGUUUGCGCCAUGGCGGGCUGUUUCGGAGUCAUCAUCUACGGCAUCGCCAUUCACUUCAUCUACCGAUAUUUCGCCGUUGAACGACAAGGACGAAUCAAGUAUUUCGACAAAAAAUUUCUACCAUUUUGGUUUUUAAUUCCGCUAUUAGGAGGUGUUAGUUGGACCUUAGUGUCCUGGUUUCUGUUCCCAAUGACCACAGUAACGUCAGCGUAUAUUGGCCCUGACCUCGCAGAGGCUUUCGAUUUGGAUAUCAAUCGGUCCGCCUACGCAGCCGCUUUAUUUUUCGCGCCCGAUCCGAACGGUCAAGAAGUUUUCAGCCAAAAAUGUGGACUUGGAUUGGUUUUCUAUCUUCUUAUCAUGACGAUUCCAUUCUCUAUUUUAAUUUUUGUGGGGAUUAAAAGUAUUGGGAAAAUCAAAGAAUUCCCGUCUUCGAAUUAUGGAAAAGGACUACAAAUGCAGUUGUACAAGGCGCUGAUUGCACAGACAGUAAUCCCCGUCUUCCUCCUCUUCGCCCCAUUCGGUGUCCUAUUCAUUUGCCCGAUUUUCGAAAUCCAUUGCAAAUCGUUAGCCACAAUUCUGACAUUUGUCUAUGCUAUCUAUCCAGUUGUCGACCCUCUUCCCAUCCUAUUUUUUGUACAAAACUACCGUAAUGCGUUGACAGAAUUUUUCUACUGCUGUCGAUGCCAAAAGAAGAUGUCGUCUCGAGUGCAUAUCGCUCCAGAGGAGAUCUCAAGGGACGCGGACUCUAAUUAG